AUGGCGGCGGCGGUCGUUAGGUGGCGGUGCCUGUGGCGGGCGUUGCCGCCGGUGGCCCCCGCACUCCAGCGCUGUCUCCCGCCGCCCGGCAGGGCCUACGCUGCUGCCGCCACUGCCAAAACUGCCAAGAAAGGUUCACAGAAACCUAAGCAGGAAGAAACGAAGAAGAGGAGGCGCCCGAGGCUGCCGCUGCUGAGCAAGCCCGUGGACGACGUCUACUUGACAUGGCGCUACAAGCGGCCCUCCUACGACGUGGACGUGGCCGUGGGCAUGCUCAAGAAAUUCCAGCAGCUCGACUUCACCUACCCCAAGCAGUUUGUGUACAUUAAUGUCACACUGGAUAUGUCAUUACCAAAGAAGAAAAAAAAAGUGGAACAAUUUUCAAGCCUUGUUCGUCUUCCACAUCGUUUUACAGAUGAAACGAAUAAGGUUUUGGUUUUCACAGAGAACAAGGAAGAAGCUGAAGUAGCUCAACAGAAUGGUGCUGCCCUUGUGGGAGGAGUCGAAUUAAUCAAAUGGAUUUUGGAAGAUGAAAUAAAAAUGGACUUUUAUGUAGCUGUUCCUGAAAUAAUGCCUAAAUUAAUACCAUUGAAGAGCAAAUUAAGAAGAAAAUAUCCAAGUGCAAGAAGAAAUUCCAUGGGUCAAGAUAUUCCAAAAAUGCUGCAGUUCUUUAAAGAAGGCCUUGAGUACGCAGUGCAAGAUGAGCACCUCAUCAAAACAAGAAUAGCAAGACUGGAUAUGCCUACUGAGCAGAUAGUAGACAAUCUAAAAGCUAUUAUCCAGGACAUCUACACGUACAAACCACCAAGCAUUGAUACAUUCGUGCAGAAGUUGGUCAUUCGAUCUUCAACCAGUGAAGGUUUGCUACUGAACCUGGAUGGACUUGUUCCUCGGGUAGAGAAAGAGGAAAAGGAGGAAGAGGAAAAAGAGGAAGAGGAAGAAGAAAAGGAAGAAGGAAAAACAGAAGCUAAAGAAUAACUUAUGUCCAAGAACUCUGUAGUAGAUAAUGUUUUUUCCUUGAUUUGGUUAUCAAACAGAGGAAACAAGUGCAAUUCUUACCCUUAAAGGGAAGGAGGAGGGAAAUCAAGUUUGAACUGACUUAAAAUUCCUUGUAACAUCCCCAUCACAAACAGAAGUCUGAAGAUAUUUUCCACUUCUGCAAGCUGAAAGCUCUGUGGUUGUUGAGGCUUUUCUUUGCAUGUAGUAUUUUAUACUCAAUAAAAGUAACAUCGUAAUUUC